GCAGAUCAGGAAGCCCAAGGGACCGUAAAGGCCAAGGCCCAAUGCUGGCCGUAAAUAAACAUGGACAAACAUUUACGAUUGAUGGGCGCGGGACCUUUCAGUGGUGGUGUGAGGAGACGGUAAGGGCGUUUCCUGGAGGUUUUUGGAGGCGUGGCGUGCGGUGCGGCAUGCAGGCGUUGGUUUACAUAUGGGAGGGCUUUCAUGAUUCAGGAUGGCAUGGAGGGUAAAGCCGGAUGCGUAGCCUUGCCCGCCGAGUAUAAAACCCCAGCCCCUGCUGUCCUGGUCUUGCCUCAUCUCAACCCUAUCCGGCACAUCAAUAGCGAAACGCUCAAUACGUAAAAAGUGCUAUAACUCAUAACCCCAUACCGGAAAACCCUCACAUCCACCCUUCAGAAGAACCAUGCACACCCUCCUCCUCAUCCUCGGCCUCGCGGCCACCGCCGGCAUGGUCAAUGCCGCCCCCGUGACACCUCCCGUGCAGAAUCAGAACUUGCCCAAUGCGAAUGACGUUUACUUCAGCAGCGUCAACUACGCUGGCUCGGGAUGCCCAAUCUCCCCACCCUCAGCGGUGGUCACCUUUGCACCGGACAAGACCUCGUUCACGGUCUUGUUUGACCAGUUUGUUGCGCGGACUGGGCCCGGCGUAUCGUACUCGGAACAACGCAAAAACUGCCAACUCACAAUCUCCGUGCACGUCCCCGGCGGCUGGCAGUACUCGAUCGCAUCCGCUGAUUUCAGAGGCUAUGCGAAUCUGGAGGAUGGCGUGACCGGACGGCAGCAGAGUAUCUAUUACUUCCAGGGUGAUCAAUACACGACGGUCACACAAGCCUUGAUCAAGGGUCCAACGCAGGAUAACUACAGCUUUAGGGACCAGAUUGUCUUGACAUCGACGUCGUGGUCGCCGUGCGGUGAAGAAAGGCCGCUUAACAUCAACACAGCGAUCCUGGUGAACUCCAGAAAGAAGGGCGCUUCGGGCGAGCUUACGACCGACUCGGUGGAUGGGAAGGUAGUGCAGGAGUAUCAAUUCCAAUGGAAGAAAUGCAGAUCGCCGCUUGCAAGCGCUGAGGCGGUGCCUGACCCUGAUGCUGGGAUUUGAGCGGCGGCGGGGAUGUGAAGUAGAUCCACGGUGGUACUCGCGGAUGAGGACGAGUCAAGGGAGGAGAUAGGGUUGUUCUUUCGCCUUUUCCUACGCUGGACAUUUGUCGUUCCGCUUUCUCUUGUGACGAGAACAUUGUAUGCUUGUGUGUGCUCUCUUGUGCAAAUGUAUUGUAUGUUUUGUGUACGUUUUUUGUUUGUUUCAAUGUAAGACAAUUGCAUCGCAAGCAUUUGGCUACCUGGAUGGUGGGUUUGCAAAGGUAUAAGGAGGAGGGGGGAAGGGGUGUCGAUGCCGUAAGGA